UGCGUUAUUUGUUUACAUAUAGCAACCUGAGAGAUCGCUGUUUCCCAGGUGUUACUGUCUUACCCACUCGAUAGCAGAUCUUAACUUUCUCCAGGCAGUUUGCCCGACACAUUCCAGAAUGUCGUACGGAGUAGGUUACAAGCUUGCCAGGGCUCCGACCGGAACUCAUCACACCGGACCCCCGCUGGACAGUAUGGCUUCCAUCAGGACAAUGAAUAGGAUUGCACAGGUUGCCAUUGAGAGGAUCAUUUUGAUGAUGAACAACACAAACCUCAUCAAAGAGCGGCGCAUCAGCAGCAUUGCGCAGGUCCAGACCUAUCUCCGUGGUUGUCAUGAUGACGUCGGAAUGUCAGGAGACAGGGGCGACUUCUAUCGGCGGAAAUUAGCAGAGCAAAUCCACAUAAACUUCAACGUGAACGGCGUCACACAUUCUAACGUCGAGGUUGUCGUGGACACAGCUAUUCAGUUGGAAAAACGUACGCGAGCAACUCUAUCAGGAUGUGCGUUUAAUACACAGUCAGCGCCUUCUUUUGAAAUUGAUGACCCUAUUCUAGAUAUUUUGGCCAAAAUCGCGGAUGUCUUUUAAACAAGACAUAUAUCAACCUCCGUUGUGGUUAUCUCCCUUAGAAUAUUCGCCAAACUUCGCAAAUUCGCAUCCUUCAUUUUCUGCUUACGUGGUUAUCAUACUGAAUCAGUGAGAUGACGUCAUCGGGACAUAAAAUGUACUUCGCGAAAGCCAAGGGUAGAUAACUCUGUAUGUGAUAAAGAGCAUCAAAAUUCUUAUAGAGCAUUUUCCCAGUGACUUAUAAAUAAACCAGUGAUUGUAUUAUUAUAAUAGAGUAUGAAGCUGGAAUUGAAUGUCUGUCUACAAUGAUACCCCCCUAUAUUACGGUCGUUUCAUAUGUCCCUUACUGGGCGCUAUAUCCAGGUUUUGCUGUUAUGGAAAGUGAAUUCUUUCGUUCUCCUUGUCUUUGUUGUCUUCCUGUGUAAUUUGUUAAAAUAUUUAAACGAGAACAAUCGAGAAAGAGAAUGCCAAAAUGACAAAGGCUGAAAAUACAAACAAGUUUCGUUCUGAUAUGUUAUAUUUUUUUUAUACAAACGGGCAAUAUAUAUGUCAGUUUUUUAUAUUGUACAUGAUUUUUAUAUAUAUAUAACGUUCCUGUCUUGUUCUUUUGUUGUCAGUUCAUGAGUGUAUUAAAUAUUUUGGGUUUAAUAAAUAUACAUGUUACACAUAA